AUGGCUGAUGACCAAAACCCCCAGAAUACCAAUUCCUCGGUAUCACAAUUUUUAUCCACUUUGAUUCCAACUUUAGUGAUCUCAGUGGUGUUCACAUUGGCCUUUAUUCUUGUUCGUAAUAAGAGAAAGAGAGUUUAUGAACCUCGUGCUGUUGUUAAAUCACUCCCGCAAGAUUUAAGACCAGAACCUUCUCCUGGUGGUCUUUUCAGUUGGUUGACUACUUUGUUGAGAAAACCAAGUACUUUUCUCAUUCAAUUUGCUUCUACUGAUGGUUAUUUCUUUUUAAGGUUCUUGUUUGAAUUCUUCUGUAUCUGUGUUUUAGGUGCUAUCAUUACAUGGCCAAUUCUUUUCCCAGUCAAUGCUACCAACGGUAAAAAUAACGAACCAAAUUCAAAUGUUAAAGGCUUUGAUAUUUUGACUUUUUCUAAUAUUAAAGACAAAUGGAGAACUUUUGCUCAUGUUUUCUUGUCUUGGUUAUUGUUUGGUGCAGUUAUUUUCCUUAUUUAUCGUGAAUUGGUUUAUUACGUUACCUACCGUCAUGCAUUGCAAACCACCCCAUUGUAUGAUUCCUUGUUGAGUUCUAGAACUCUUUUGUUGACUGAAAUCAAUACUAAAUACUUGGAUGACGAACAAUUGAGAACUUAUUUCCCAACUGCUACUAACAUCUGGUACGCUAGAGAUUAUAAGAAAUUGGAAAAGACUGUUAAAGAAAGAACCAAGUUGGCCAGUAAAUAUGAAGGUACUCUUAAUAAGGUUUUAAGUAAAGCUGUCAAAUUGAGAAACAAAUGUAUUAAAAAGGGUAAACCAGCUCCAGAACCAGAAGAUGAUAUUGACAAAUAUUUGAAAGAUGGUAAAAAGAGACCAACACAUAAAUUGAAAUUCUUAAUUGGUAAGAAAGUUGAUACUUUAAGCUAUGCCCCGGAAAAAUUGGGUGAAUUGAACAAGGAUAUUGCUAAACAACAAGCUGAAUAUCAAACUUAUGAACAAUUACCUGCUGUUUUCAUUGAAUUCCCAAGUCAAUUGGAAUUGCAAAAAGCUUACCAAGGUAUUCCUUACCAACCUGAUUUCAAAGGUGUCAAAACUGUUAUUAAUGCUGCUCCAGAAGAUAUCAUUUGGGAAAACUUGCAAUUGACCCCAGUCAAGAGAAUUAUCAAAAAAAUUAUUGCCAAUACUAUUUUAACUUUGAUGAUCAUUUUCUGGUGUAUCCCGGUUGCUGUUGUUGGUGCUAUUUCCAAUAUUAAUGUUUUGACCGAUAAAGUUCACUUUUUAAGAUUUAUUCUUAAUAUGCCAAAGGUAAUUAUGGGUGUCAUUACUGGUUUACUUCCUGUUGUUGCCUUGGCUAUUUUGAUGUCUUUGGUUCCUCCAUUUAUCAAGUGGAUGGGUAAACUUUCUGGUCGUUUGACUGUUCAACAAGUUGAAAGUUAUUGUCAAUCAUGGUUCUUUGCCUUCCAAGUUGUUAAUGUUUUCCUUGCCAUGGCUUUGGGUUCAUCUGCUGCUGCUGUUGCAACUCAAAUUGUUGAAGAUCCAGGUAAAGCUUUACAACAAUUGUCAUCCAAUUUCCCAAAAUCUGUCAAUUUCUAUUACUCUUAUUUGUGUCUUCAAGGUUUAACCAUUAGUUCUGGUACUUUACUUCAACUUGUUGCUUUGAUUUUAUCUCAUAUUUUGGGUAGAAUUUUGGAUGGUACUCCAAGAGCUAAGUGGAAUAGAUGGAACACUUUGGGUCAACCAGCUUAUUCAACUCUUUAUCCUGGUUUCCAAUUGUUGACAGUUAUUGCUCUUGCCUAUUCUGUUAUUGCUCCAUUGAUUUUAGGAUUCACUGCUAUUGCUUUCAUUUUGUUUUACUUUGCUUAUAUUUACACUUUUGUUUAUGUCUUGAGACCAAGUACUGUUGAUGCCAGAGGUACCAACUAUGUUAAAUCCAUGUUUCAACUUUUCACCGGUCUUUAUUUGGCUCAACUUUGGAUCACUGCCAUCUUUGUUUUCUCCAAGAACUGGGCCUGUGUUGUCUUGGAAGCAGUUAUUGUUGUAGUCACAUUUGUCUCCCACAUGUGGAUGAAGAGACGUUUCUUGCCAUUGAUUGAUGCUGUUCCAAUUUCUGCCAUUAGAUAUGCUGCUGGUGAUUCAUCUUCUGCUUACCCAAUGGAAGAUCAAGGAUAUAGAGAAAUCAAGAGAGAAGGUGAAAACUAUUGGGAAGGUGGUAAUCAAUUGGGAUUGACUCAAGAACCAAAGGAUCAAGUUUUGCCAAGUAGAAUUCCACAAUCUAAUAUUGAUCAUGUCCAACCAGGACGUCGUGAAUCUGAUUCUUCAGCUAUUGACACCAAAGUUGGUCAUGGUGAACUGUUUGAAAAAGCUCAUAGCCCAUUUUCUGAUGCUAAUAGACAUGAUCCUGAAAAAUCUACCGGUAUUGUUAAUCCAAUCAAUGCUGCCGUUUCUGCUCCAGGUAAAGGUGUUUCUUGGUUAACCAGAUUUUUCCAACCAAAGAAGGAAACUUUUGAUAUGAUUAAGAGCAUAUUACCAGAUUGUUAUUACAAUUAUAUUGAAUAUAAUGAAGAAUUCAUCAGACAUGCUUAUGAUGAUCCUGCUGUUACCGACGAAGAACCACAUAUUUGGGUUGCUAAAGAUCCAAUGGGAUUAUCUGAAAUUGAAAAGAAUAAAGCUUUGAAAGAAGGUGUUGAUGUUUCUGAUGAAAAUGCCACUUUUGAUGAUAAAGGUCAAUUGAUCUUUACUGGUCCUCCACCUUCAUACGAAGAAGCCAUUAGAGUUUAA